AUGGCGGCAACAAGGCAAGAAACAUUUUGCACGCUGCUCACGAGCGAUGCAUACCUGCCUGGUGCCAUGGUUCUUGCACAUUCAUUACGAGACAAUGGUACUAAGAAGCAAUUGGCCAUCCUCGUCACUCUCGAUUCUCUAUCUGCCUCAACGCUUGAGGAGCUCAAAACAGCAUACGACCACGUCAUACCCGUCGACCGUAUCACAAACAAGUCUCCGCAAAACCUUUACCUCAUGAACCGACCAGACCUCAUCUCCACCUUCACCAAGAUAGCCCUCUGGCGGCAGACCCAAUUCGACCACAUCGUGUACAUAGACGCAGAUGUCGUAACGCUACGAGCACCUGAUGAGCUGUUCAAUAAUCCUCCAAGCUUUGCAGCUGUACCAGACAUAGGAUGGCCGGAUUGCUUCAACAGCGGUGUCCUCUCGCUGAAACCCAACAUGGGCGAUUACUACGCUCUACUGGCUCUGGCACAACGAGGAAUAAGCUUCGAUGGAGCAGAUCAAGGGCUGAUGAAUACGCACUUCCGGGAUUGGCAGAGAUUGAGCUUCACAUACAAUUGCACGCCCAGUGGGAACUAUCAAUAUGCGCCAGCUUACAGGCACUUUCAGAGUCAAAUAAAUAUCGUGCACUACAUUGGGAGUAACAAGCCAUGGUUGAUUGGGAGGGAGCCAAAAGAAGCGAGUGGAGUGUAUGAGGAGUUGCUGGGACGAUGGUGGGCGGUCUAUGACAAGCAUUACAGGACCCCAACAACAGCAUAUGUAUCAGGCCAAGCACCGAAGCAGUCAAGGAUCGUACAGCAAUACGUAAAGGGCGAAAUGUCAAGCACGGACUACGGUUUCUCCUCGGUACGGUCGCAGGUGGACGGACUUGAGGAGCCAGAAGCUCCUGUUCAUACUACCGAGCCGUCGCUGACCGAUAAGACCAAUCUAGCUGAAGCUAUACAGCGAGGAGAGGUCACGCCAACACCUACUGUACAGCAACGACGCUUCUCAGUCGACUGGGACCCCAUACACAACGCUCCACCGGCUCACUCCCGACCUGAAGCCGCCAACUUCCCCACUGAAACUUACGAAAUGUCCGCAGAUCGCAAGCUAUUUCAAGCACCCAAGAACCCUGAGCCACCAACGGACAUGUACUAUCAAACUCCCCCAACCGCGUCAGCAAAUGAACGUCCUAAGCCCAUCUUCCCUUGGGAAACCACCGCACCCAAACCUACCCGUGUAUUUGCAGAUGACGCUCCUCGGCCCGCAGCACCCUCAGAAGCCACACCCUCAGUAACUACCGACGAUGACGACGACGAAACCCAAACUGAAACAAUGUCUCCCCUAACCCCUACCAUGGAUUCCAACGACACCGAACCAUUCGCUAGCUACACUCGAACCAACGCCUGGGACGACGUGCCUGAAAUCGAGCGAUACAUAUCUCAAUUACCGCAAAAUCGACGCGCCAAAGUACAAGUACUCCUGAACAACGCCACUCCCACCGGUGGCCACCAAAGAAACGUAAGCGGCGACGAACCUAUGUUCUCCCCUAGUAUCCAAGAUCCAUCACAGCAGCGUCGCCCUAGCAUGAAAUUAACAGACUUCCCAUCCGAAAUCGAACGCCCCUCCCUCCCCGUGACCCCAGCUCCAAUACGUCGUCCCUCAUUCUGGGGCUCGGAGCGCGAUGCUGCUGGCGACCUCCCAGGCGCAGAAGGCGUGCCCGACCAGAGCGUGUGGGAUCCUGCUGCCAAGCUCGCCGAGCUCCAGCGCCGGCAGUCGGAGAUGCUGGCAGAAGGCCCAGCAAGCCCUGGGCGGUUUAUUCCGGACAGAGAGUUACUUGGAUCGUCAAGUGCGCCGUUGACCGAGGUCGAGGAAGAGGAGAAAGCAGAGGGGGUACCUACAGCUGGAUCGACCCAGGGUGCGAUGCCAACAGCUUUCCGGACUGUGGACUUUAGCAGGGGAAGUGUAUCCCGAGCCCGUGAGGUUGGUGAAGAGACGGUGACGGCGGUACCGGCUGAGUACUGA